AUGGCCCCAACAAAGAAGAUUGUCUCGACCGCCUCCUCGAACAAGGUCCUCGCUAAACCGAUGAAGGCCAAGAAGACCGACGAACUGACGUCCGGAUUGGGAGGAGGUUACUGGACGGAGCCAGCUGCCGGAACCCGCAGGACCCGUCUUGUUCCCGCCAAGUUCCUCGAUGCUGCCGAGCCGCCGAAGCGAAAACCGUCAAAGUCAACUGGCGAGAAAAAGGGGAUCGCUGCACCAUCCGAGCCGACUCCUUCGACGUCUGCCGCCCCAGCUCCAUCUGCAGUCGACGCAUUGGGCGCAUUUUUGGCCAGUUUAACGGAGGAACGGCGGGAAGCUCUCAUCAGAGAAUUUGCGGAGGGUAUGCAACGGAGACAUCAGGAGCGUAUGGCGCGUUACGCAUAAUUAUUACUUUGUUCUUUUUCUUCAAUACAUUAUCAUGAUCCGUAACACUUGUUGUCUUGUUGAAUACAACCUCACUUGGCCCUUCGUUCGUUCUCACCGUCCGUCCGUCCACCCCGGUGACCCUUCUCACUCGAUCGAUAAUAGUUUUCCAGCACAUUCUGUCUGUCGUCUCGUUCUCUCGUCUCUCAUCGCAUUCACAUCUGCUCAUUUUCCCCGUUUCCAGACCGACAUGUCAUCGCUAUCGGUGCUCGCGAACGUUGUCGAAGAGAAGAAGUCGACGGAGGACGUGGAGCACGAGGACGCGGAGCACGAGGACGACGUCGCCUACAUGAAGAGAAUCGACGCGCUGCUGGCCGAGGUCGACGCGCUGCAGGAGACGAUCGCCGCGAUCAAGAAGACGUGCGACGAGUGGAAGGAGGACAGACUGAGAGAGGGUUAGUUUGUCGGCGAGGGGCACUCUGACGCUUUGCAACUAACAAGUUGCAAAGUGUCCCCUUUUCUUGACCGUUUUUAGUAUACUUUAGACACAAUUAAGUCAGUUAACAUAGAUCGCGUUGCCCAAACCUGCCCUAAAACCAUCAAAUUGCUCAUUUUGCAGAGGCGCAACUCGAGGAGAACUCGGAAUCGGAGUCGAGCGGCGAAGAAGAGGAGAAGCGAGCGAUGCUCUUCACGGACACCAUCUCAACGAUCUAA